UCACCACCAGAGAACCCAAGUGAACCUGAAAUCCCAACAUUACCUGGCAAUCCUUCACCACCAGAGAACCCAAGUGAACCUGAAAUCCCAACAUUACCUGGCAAUCCGUCACCACCAGAGAACCCAAGUGAACCUGAAAUCCCAACAUUACCUGGCAAUCCGUCACCACCAGAGAACCCAAGUGAACCUGAAAACCCAAUAUUCCCUGAUGACAACAACACACCAGCUCCAGUCUUUACCAUUGCUCCAGUGACAGACGAAACUCUUCCACCUAUUCCAAUUGAAUCCAUACCCCCCGUUCGUGACUUUACCCCACCGGUCAUCCCAAGUGAAGUCCCAGAAAUUCCAGAAAUUGAUGCUACUACAGUAGCACCAGUGAUUCCAGAUGAGGAGCCUGUCAUACCAAUUGAUCCUGAAGAGGAUGCUUGCAAUGAUCAAGCCAUAGUCACUUGUGCCACUUUGAAUCUAAUUUGUGGUGUUCCAUUGGUCAGUAUUAAAUUGUAGUGUUCCAUUGGUCAGUAUGUAAUUGUCGUGUUCCCUUGGUCCAUAUUUAAUUGUGGUGUUCCAUUGGUCAGUAUUAAAUUGUAGUGUUCCAUUGGUCAGUACGUAAUUGUGGUGUUCCCUUGGUCCAUAUUUAAUUGUGGUGUUCCAUUGGUCAGUAUUAAAUUGUAGUGUCCAUUGGUCAGUAUGUAAUUGUGGUGUUCCCUUGGUCCAUAUUUAAUUGUGGUGUUCCAUUGGUCAGUAUUUAAUUAUUAAAUUUAAAUCAUAAAAAUGCACGACUGAAAGUUUAUAAUAUUUUCAUUGAAAUUUUAAUAAUAUGUUCAGUAAGAAGGAAAAGGUUAGGGUCAGGAAUUCUCUAUGCGCAUUGAACAGAGGAUCAGUCUAAGUAAGAUUAAGAUUAAAGACACUAAGUAGAAGUGAGAGGGUGUAUGUUGAAUCUUUUAACAUACCCUUACCCUCAUAGCUUGCAACCUUUAAUUUACUUGUAAUCUUCAGUUGAUCAUUAGACUAAUAUGUUAAAUAAAAUUUAAUUUGUAUUCUGUUUGGACAACAUGCAUCAUGGUUUGAAUCACAAUCUGUCCUUCAACUCUUGAAUAACUUUCUUGACAGAUUGAAUGCAGGAAGUCUGUCUGUUCUGGUAGACUCAGCAUCUGCACAUACUUGGCCACUGAGAACUUUGACUCAUGCAAGGAGAGGUUUGAAUCAGAAAGUCCUGAACUGAAAGAGUUGGUCCGUGUGAAUAAUUGUGACCAGAGUAUGUUGAUCUCAUAUAUCACAAUAUCCCUGUAAAGAAACAUGAGUUGUUAUUUUUAAAAAAAACCUUUUAAUCAAUAUUUGUGAAAAUUGACAAUUUUUAAUGCAAACUGAAAAUGCUAAACUACUUGCAAGGUCUACUACCAUAUUAAUAUUUUUUUUAAAUUUUGUGGCAAUAUCAUAAUUAAAAAUUUCACAUACUAUUUUUAGAACUUAUUAUGUGAAGCUAAUUUUCCAGGAAAUAAAUUUCUUCUGUGUUGUAGCAGAAAGCAAAUUUUACAAUCAAUUUCAGUACGUACACCUUUUAACAGUGAAAAAUAUAUAUUUGUUAAAUUAAAUUAUAUAUGCUUGCAGAAGAAAUGAUUUUGCAUCAUAAUUAUUGUGUUCACAGUUUGCGGACCCAACAUGCAGUUCUUGUACACUCCAAGAUCCAAACAACCAACCUGCUCUGAUCCCGUUUUAAGUACAUCUCUCAGUGAGAGCUCUGACAGUGACUACGGCUUUGCCUGUGUUUGUGAUGGAGGGUUCGUCCUAAGUCAAACUGAUUGUGUCCGUGAAUCUGACUGUGGAUGUGUUAUGCCUAAUGGUGCAUACCAACCAGUAAGUUAUUUUAAUAUAAAAUGGAUUUAAUGUUUAAAAAAAAAAUUACCUCAAGUCCUUAGAUUUGAUAUUCCUGAUCAAUCAUGAUUUUUUUUUUAAAUGUAAAAAAAACAAAAUAUUUUUAUUUUUACAGAGAAUAAAGCAAUUAUUCUACAAUAUAAAAGAUAAUUUAAAAAAAAAAUAUUUAAGAUUUAUGUAGGGUGGUAAAUUUUUAUAGAAAGAAUAGUUAAAUAAACAUUAAGUGAAUAAAAUAAACUUGAACAUGUUUUGAAAAUAUAAUGUAAUGUUGAGUAUAUUUUAAACUGUUUAAAAUAGCAGUUCACAAAACUAAAAAAAACAGGACAUUUAUGAGUCAUUCCAUGCUAAAUCUUCACUACCUUUCAGCCUGGCAAACAAUGGCGAUCAGUUGACUGCAGCAAAUUGCUCACUUGUCGGGGAAAUAAUAAAGUAGAUAGCCAGGAAGCGCCUUGUGGUCAAAACACAGAGUGCCUUAUUGGUGAGCGUGGACCAGCGUGCCAGUGUAGGGAAGGAUUAUAUGGUAACCCAGACAUGCCAGAUGGAUGUAAGCCAGGUAGGCCAUGGCUAGAGAUGCUGCUGACAAGAUUAUUUUCGUAGUUCAUAUUAAUUUUAAACAAUCAAACUCAUUUCAAUUUAAAACAAAGGAGGCAUUGAGAAAACAUAAGCAAUCUUAACAUAAGAUAUUUUUUUAUAGUGAGAUUUUGGUAAGGUUGCUUUAAAGUUGUAACUCUAAAAAUGCAUGGAGUUAGCAAAAUGCAAUAUGCCAUCUGCUGCUUUUUAUAAGAUUAACUUACAAAGUUUUUUUGCCUAAAAAUUUAAGACUAUGGCAACAUUUUUGUUUUAUUGAGUUUUAAGAUUUUUACUGAAAUAAGCCUCUUGAAAAGAAGGGGAUAUAAUGCCAAUGAUAAAUUGAUAAUGCUUCGUUCAUUUCAUGCAUAUAAAAAAAUAUACUUCCCAUAGGCGAGGUUUCAGAGGAUGGCAGCAAGACCUGCUAUAGUUAUGCCCUGGAUAAUGGACAGAACGACACACGAUGUGACUGCAACAUGGGCUAUGUUUCCAACUGUGAUGACUGUGAAGGUACUUUUUAAUCAGCUCUGCUGUUUGUUUAUUCAUAGCGCUUAUGAUCAGGUAUUUCGUGCACAAAUCUUUCAAUAUUAUUUAAUCUGAGCAAUUCAAUAGAUAAUCCUUGGAUUAAUCUUUUCCCCUUUACAUCAUAGAGUAUACAUAACUCUUAUGUGAGUAGAAAUUCUUAAAUAAGAAUUCGUUUUAAAAGGUAAUCUUUUAAGGAAAUUAUUUACAAUUUCAAUAUAAGAUCUGCUACUUUUUUUUAUAUGUGCAAAGAAUAAUUACUGGUGAAAUUCCGUUCUUUAAAAAAAAAUUGUUUUUAAUUUUUCGUCACCUGUUUAUUUACUGUAGUUUAUUUUGGUAAUUUACUAUUAUGAAAAAAACUUAGAAAUGAGCAAUGAUUUUAUAAUUUUAAAUUUAAUUGCUUUGAAAUGUUUGUUCCAAAUAUUCAGAUAUUGAUGAGUGCAAGGAGGGUCUCCAUGAGUGUGACUUGUCCAUUCAAAAAUGCAUCAAUGUUCCUGGUGGAUACCAAUGUUCAUGUGGCGAAGGAUUCUAUUACAAGAGAGGUCAAUGUGUUGGUAGGUAUCCAUCACUAUUUCUAGUUUAGAUAUGGUAUAUCAGGUUUUCAACCAAAAAAAAACAACAGUUUUAAACCCUUUUUAAUGCUAUUUUCUUCAAAACUGUUGUACGAUUUUAUAAUUUAAAAUGCAGAUUGUGUGAAAAAAAAAUUCUCCUUUGCUUUGGACAACUGUUAAAUAUUAAUCUUAGAAAUUUUAUUAACUCCUUCUCAAAGAGAAGAUCUUAAAUUUGAUUCUUAAAAAAAAAGAUGUUACCUAUUUUAAUUGUGAUUAUUUUUAGGAUUGUGGAACCAGAACCGCUUUUGCCCCCCCCCUCUUCCCCCCCCCUUCCCAAAAUUGUAUUAAUUAUAUAAAUGCAACUAUACACUAUUUAAAACUUCUGGAUACAUGUCUGAAUUUCAGAUAUCAAUGAAUGCACUAAAGAUAGCAAAAUUUGUGGUGAAAAUUCUCAAUGUCAAAACACUGAAGGAUCUUAUGAGUGUGUCUGCUGUGCUGGCUACUUGUGGAAUCCUGCACUUAAGUUCUGUGAACGUGAACCCAUCGGUAAGCACUCAAUUACAGUGCAAAGUUUUAAAGAAGCCCUCACUUUGAUAAAUAUUAAAUUCUAGGUAUGCUUUUCUGUGGCAAGAGCUGACAAUACAAAGUUGCCCCAAUGAACAAUGGUGAGUCUGCAACAUGUUGGUGUGGCAAACAAAGAAAUGAGAGGCAGCACAUGAGUGGAACACAGCUGAUUGGCCGUCAUGCGUGCAGAAUGUCAAAAAUUUGUGUGCAUCCAUCAGUAUGAUAUUACUGCCACUGGCUAAUGCUCUGGUAUCAAGAUGACAAUUCAAUGUUUAUAGAUGUUUAAUGUCAUGUCACAAUAAGUCAACACUCUUUGAAACAUACAAGAAUAGCUUUAUUGUCUCUGAACGCUAUUAAUUCCUACCACAUUAUAGGGAUUUAUUCAAUACAGACUAUCCUCAAUUACUGCUGAGCUGUAAAGGACAUUAAUAAAAGACUGGACAACUGCACUACUAUUAACACUCAGACUGUCAGGAUGAAACUUCAACUAUGAAAACUCAACAUGACUCUGGACAAUGAAAACUCAACAUGACUCUGGACAAUGAAUUAACAACUGAGUUAGUUCCAUACUAUAAAUAAACCGCCAAACAAUGGAGGUGUCAAUUUUUAAACAUCCCAUCUACUAAGGCAGUGGUUCUCCACCUUGCUAAUGCCGCGACUCUUUAAUACAGUCCCUCAUAACUGUGGUGACCCCCCAACCAUAAAAUUAUUGUCGUUGCUACUUUAUAAAUAUGUGUUUUCCGAUGAUGGUCUUAGGCGACCCCUGUGUAAGGGUCAUUCGAACCCCCAAAGGGGUCGCAACCCACAUGUUGAGAGGUGCUGUACUAAGGUUACUUGACAAAACAGCUUUCAAGUAAGGCACUUUAUCAGAAUCCCAAUUAGUGCUAACUUCUGGGAAUUUUACUUUGGGUGCCUAUUGAACACAUCGUUACAGCCAUGCAUAAAUACCUAGAGAAUUAUUACUUGUGAUUAAGUUUAUAAUUUAUUUUUACAAGUGAGCUGGGGUGUGCAGGAAAUGCUUUGAAAUUGAGCAGUGCAAAAUGUUAAAUAGCACAUAACUUUUGAGAUCACCAAAAAAAAAUUUUAAAUGAACUGGAAAUAUUUUCUCUAUUCAGGAUUCCCAACGCUGCCUCCAAAUGCAAGCUGCUGUGCCACCUGCAAUGAUCCAUUGUGUGAAGAGUCUAGCAUCGUACCCACACGUUACUGCUUAACUGAGGAUGGAGAGAGAAGUCAGUUCCCUAAUUUCAAGAGACUGUACCAAGAGCUUUGUAUUAACAACCAGCCUCUAGAUAAAGACAAGAUCACUCAAGGAAAUUGCCCAGUGAAUGCCCCACCACCUUCUGAUGGCACAGGUCAGCCUAUAUUUUAAACAUUGUAUCUCUUUUUUUUUUUUUUAAAUCAAAUUCCCUUUUAAAAUUAAAAAAUGUUGAAAGAAAACACCAAAAAAAAAAAAACAAAAAAAAAAACACACACAAAAUAAAAAAUAAAAAAUGUAAUUUGUUUUAGCUUUUUUACCACUUCAAAUUUUUAAUAAUGAAAGCUUAUGACCAAAUUUGUGUUACUUAGUGGUUCUAUAGGAUUUGGCUCACAGGAAACAUUUUAUUUGGAUAGAUAUUAAAAAGAUCUGCACAAGACUUACAGUUUAAUAACUCUAGUUGUGAAUGCACUUUAUACGAAUACUGAGGUUAUAUUUAUAUGAACAUUUUGAAAUAAGUUUUAUUUUAUUUUUGGGUAGGGGGCGUGAGGUUGUGGUUUUCUGUAUCCAAUGGUUGAGGAUAAAUCUGGAACACUGAAUAAAUUGUUAACUCAAUUGUUCCCCUUUUCACCAUUGGUGUGUAAAAACAAGAAAAAAAUCUAGAUCCAUUUUUUUUUCUGGUCCAUUAAGUUAUGUUUAAAAUGUGUGAAACUUACUCCUGGAUACCCCGACUAAUAAUGAUAAUUAUCAUAGUAUUCUCCCUAUGAAUGCAGGACUAAUCAUGGCAUAUACCUAUGUAGGUUAAUACAAUGCUUAGUUGUAGCGUUGUGUGUGAGUGUGCUUAUAUCUUAACAAUACCAAUCACGUGAUUAAUUCUUCUUUCCUCCAGGCGCCCCAUCUCAACCAAGUGUUCCAAACACCUGUGAUGACAGUUCAUUGUGCGCCUCUCUUCCACCUCCACCCCCUGCACUUGCACAAGGUAAUAGUUUUAUAACUUAACACAUGUCUAAUUUUAAUGCUCUACUUGUAACAAAUAUUUAGGGUUUUUUUAACAUAAAAACACAUGAAUAAGUAUCAGCGAUUCAGGGUGUAAAAAUAUUUAACUUUCCUGGCUGUAGUUCCUGGCAAUAUUCCAUUUUUCUACAAAUUUUAUUUAAACUUGCAAGUUCUUAUUAUUUUUCUUUCUAUUGUAGACAUAAAACAAUUAUUUGCCAACACCUUAAUAUUUAUAAUUCAAACAUCAAAGAAGAGUAGCAUUUUGUAUUUUUAAAUAGCACUUUCCAAGUUGAUGACUGAACUAAAUUAUUUAAAAUGUAUACGGUUUUCAUGUAGGCCACUUAUAAAUUCUUAAACUUACAGAAACUAUUUUUUUAAAAAAAUUUUUGUCUUAAGUUAUUUUCAUAUAUCCUUAAACAGGCCCUGUCUGUGGACCAAGUGUAUCUCCAACACCCAAGACCUACCCAUCAUACUGUGACAUGCUCACGGAUGUUUGCAAGUCUUCUGGCGGCCCAACCAGCCUGCCCACGGAUUCACCCAUAAAAGCUACACCUGGUGCAUGCAGCCCAGGAAACGGUCCACCAUUGCCUGUAGUUCCUCGUAAGUCUAAUGUUACAAAUACAAUGAGCUUGUCAAAUUAACAGCCAUGUCCACCACACAAAUGUAGCAAAGUCAAUGUAAGUUUGACCACAAGCACAGCUUUACUGUAAGGGUUAGCUUUUUUUUGCAUUUAUUCUAAUGAAAAUGUCAUUAAAUUAUCUGAAAAUGUUUGACAAGUGUAUUUUGGACUUUAAACAUUUAAGCAUUUAACCAGCUCUCAGCAAUGAUAUAAAAGUACAAGUUACAAUAAUUUGAGUCAUAUAUACUUAUCAAAGAGCUAGAUAAUACAGUGACUGAUAUCUUAGAAUCUUAUUUAUAUUUUAAUUCAUUUUGUUUUUUUUUUUUGUUUUUUUAAUUUUAUUUUAAUACAGUAGUUAAUUACAUGGGAAAAAAAUUCAAUCAUAUUUAAAAUCAAUAGUUUAGGUUUUAUAUUUAUUCAUUAAUUUUCAAAUUCUUUAAGCUUUGUAUAAUUUAAUUGCGCCUAUAUAGAUUUUGUGUAGAAAUGGCAAUAACAAGGAUACAACCUUUGAAGAGUAUUUCAUUUCCUAUUGUAUUGUUUAAGCAUAAAACCUGCUGAACUGGAGUCCUAUGUUAUUAUAUUUUUGGAUCUCUUUUAAUUGUAUUCUUUAUAUCCCUACAGGUAUAAUUGUCCACACUAGCAUAGAAGUGGGCUGUCUAUCCUGGUUGGCACCAUGUGGGCUGUCUACCCUGGGUGGCACCAUGUGGGCUGUCUACCCUGGGUGGCACCAUGUGGGCUGUCUACCCUGGGUGGCACCAUGUGGGCUGUCUACCCUGGGUGGCACCAUGUGGGCUGUUUACCCGGGGUGGCACCAUGUGGGCUGUGUACCCUGGGUGGCUCCAUGUGCGCUGUAUGGCACCAUGUGGGCUGUCUACCCUGGGUGGCACCAUGUGGGCUGUCUACCCUGGGUGGCACCAUGUGGGCUGUUUACCCGGGGUGGCACCAUGUGGGCUGUCUACCCUGGGUGGCACCAUGUGGGCUGUUUACCCGGGGUGGCACCAUGUGGGCUGUCUAUCCUGGUUGGCACCAUGUGGGCUGUUUACCCUGGGUGGCACCAUGUGGGCUGUCUACCCUGGGUGGCAUCAUGUGGGCUGUCUAACCUGGGUUGCACCCUCUAUAUAAAGAGGGGCAGCAAAUUCAGACAACUUAUUUUCAUGGCGUGUGGGAGGUGGGUGUUGGGGGGGGGGGUAGGGAUCUCACAGAGUGUUACAAACCCCGGCUGAUUGGCAUAUUCCAUAAAUUUAAAAAACACAAAAUUUUGUAUGUUUAUUUGCAGCUGCUCAGCCAAUUUUCACUCCAUGGAGCCCUUACAGUCAGUGCUUCUUCCAAGAUGAACUCAGAAACUGCGGUGAAGGUACCCAGGUUAGGAACAGACAAGUUGUUCCUUAUGAUGACCUUAGGGUCGUCCGUCCAGUGGAGCCCUAUGAGACAACUGAGAAACGACCAUGUUUUGAGCCUUGUAUUAAUGUUAUCACUGGUUAGUUUUAUUAUGGAAGUGAUAUGUUUGAACUUGGCUUUCAAAUUUCAUUAGGUUUAAUGUUAAUUUUUUUUUUUUUAAUAAGGGGUAGUUAAUAUUUUAUUUUUAUUUCGUUUAGUUAAAUCAACUGAAGUACAAUUUACUUUUAUUAUAAUUAAAUAGUUAAAUUUUUUGUUUUUUCUUUUUAGGUCUCCCAGAAGGAAACUGCCCUGCACCAAGUGUCUGUACUGCUCGUGACCCUGUCUGUGGUUCAAUCGGCGGUGGUGCUGCCAAGGAAUAUGACAGCGAAUGUGUACUUAAUGUCGCUGCUUGUGAGGCUGCCAAGGUUCCCCAUAAACUCUACUCUGGUAGCUGUGAUCCAGAAGAUGGUAAGCUUAAAUCAGCACAACUGUUGGCUCUUGCUUAUCAGGGAUUAUGUGUUUAAUUGAAUGGUUUGUUGAAAUGGUAAAGGUCAGAAGAAUUACAGGAACAUUGACACACCCCCCUCCCCAUGACUAUAAUGCAAAUCUGCAUAGUCAUACUCUGUUGUCCUUUUAUAUAAUAAAUAUUCAGUAUAAUUAUUUUAGGAUGCUUCACAUUUUUUAUCAUUUAUAAAUAAAAUUUUGAAAGAUAUCCUGUCUUAUAAAAAUUCUUGUUAUCCACUAUGCAAAAUACACCAUGGAGGAUUAUUAAAUAUGUACAUCUAGAAAUAAUUAACAUUUCUCUGCACAAUUAGCAUCACUUUCAUUUUUCCAGUGAUGUUAUCAACAUAGAAAAUCAUUAAGCAAUGCAGAAAAUUAUUUCCACAAAUUAUUCAAAUUUAAAAAAUAUUUAUGGCAAACAUUGUUACAUUGCAAGAUAAUAUAUGUAAUUGAAAAAAUAUUACAAGUUAAUGGGAUACCAUAUAAUGUAGGUUACUUUAUAAAUUAAGUACAUUUAGUUUUUAUAAGCCACAAUUCCUUAAAUUUUCAGGUACAGCCCAACAACGUUACUGUGAGGAAGCUGGACCGGUUCCAGUAACGGUAAAAUAUGACAUCGAGAAAGACGGUAACCACUAUGUGGGCGAGCCUGUGACCAUUGGCUCUUGUGGAGACCUGCUCUGUGGGGGUGAAGCCGGCACAUGUUGUAGGGCCACUGCGUUUGAGCAGAUCCAGGUC